UCAAAAAUCAAUCUCACCUAAAAACAUACCCCUUUCAAUUUACCUAAAAUCAUUAUUUUCCCCACAUUUAUGGUCGGGUCAAUAUUUUUUAAGUAUUCGAUCUAUAUAUCUCAACCGGGAUUUUCUAGGAUUUUCUCAAAUGAUUUUUUUUUUUCAGAAAAGCCAUCGUAUAUACACAAUCAGUAACUUUCCUCAACUGGUUGAAGAUGAUCAUUCUCUCAGCCAGUAUAUCGCUUAUUCUCGGUGCAAUAUUUUGGGACACUCCUGCUUCUGAUCCUCAGCUAAUCCUCAACGACAGGCAGGGAUUCCAUUAUACUGUUAUGUGUGUCAUGUUAUGGCCAGUACUGUUACAUCUCACCUUGUCAGAAGUCAAUAGUAAUAGAAACACCGUCGAGAGGGACAUAAUGGAUGGACUAUAUGGUAGGACAACAUACGUAAUAACCAAGACAUUGUUGAACCUAUUUCCGUCUCUCUUCGUUUGGCUAAUUUACGUAGUACCAAGCUAUUCAAUGAGUGGACUGUUCAUGCAGAGCUUGAAUAACUACGACGGAUUCUACAUUUAUAUAGGUUUGAUGUUACUUUAUUUGAGCUGUAUUCAAAUGUUUGUGCUGGCGUUUAUUUACCUAGUUCCUUUGAAGAAUAGUUCAGCAGUUAUUGCGUCAACGAUUUCAACUGGAUUAUUUCUAUCUUCCGGCUACGUUUUACAUUUGAAAGAUCUGCCCUCUUAUCUGAAAUGGUUGCAGAAUAUAAGUCCCACAUCCUGGCUGCUACCAUUUUUAUUAAAUAGGGAACUCUCAAAAGAAGCUAUUGGGAGUCUUCACAAUACAGCAACAUUCUGCCGCAAUAAACAGAUUCAACAUCAAGAUAUAAUUGUUCAGUCUCCGUGUCCUAUAGCAAACGGAACCACUAACCUAAGAAAUUUUGGAUUUUUCAAAUCCGACAAUUUAGUUCCAGACUACAACAUUCCUGUGGCCAUGAUAGUAUUUUAUAUCACAUUUUUUGUAAUUGCUUGUGUUGCGUUCGUUACGAAUUGUUUCAAAAGUGGUAAAAGCUCAAAACGUAUGGGGAGGAACGAUGCCAAUAAACCUUGAAGUAAUUAAUAUUUAACUUAUAAUCGUAUCUUAUCUUGUAAUAUAUGAUGGAAUAAAACAAUACAUUUUGUUGAA